GAAAAAUAUUCAUAUUUGAUAACACUUAUAAUAAUAUAAAGAAAAAUAUGUCUAACCCUGAUAUGAGAGUUAAGUGAUGUCUAUGUAAAGAAAAUUUGUAGCAUAUUGUAUAAUAAUUUGAAUAUAUAUUAUUAAAGAUAAUUAUUAUCACAGAUUAUGGAAAUCCAACGUACGAGAAAUUGAAUAAUAAUAUUUAUAUUGUCACGUCUUUAACAUUCAAGAUUCAUGCAAUAUUUGAUACCAAUGGAUACCUACGAAUACGACAUAAUCAUACGUCAUCCAAGAUGUAUAAUUCACUUGGAUGUUGAUUGUUUUUAUGCACAAGUUGAAAUGUUGCAACAUCCAGAAUUUGAAGGAAAACCAUUUGGCGUUCAACAGAAAAAUAUGGUUGUUACCAGCAAUUAUAUAGCACGAGGAUAUGGUAUUAAAAAAUGUAUGCCAGUGCAAGAAGCCUUAAGUUUGUGUCCUGAUUUGGUCUUAGUAAAUGGGGAAGAUUUAACGAUAUAUCGUCAAUAUUCUGGAAAAAUAAUGGAUAUAUUACAUCAAUUCACUCCAUUAAUCGAAAGGUUAGGUUUGGAUGACAAUUUUUUGGAUGUAACAUCAAUCGUAGAUAAAUAUAUUUCAUCUAAGAACGAAUCAAAUGAAAAUAUAAAUGAUUCGACUGAUGAUGAUUCAAAAGAGUUAAUUGGUAAUGUGUUUGAAAUGACCGAUGAAGAAUGUCCCUGUGGUUGUCAUUUACGAUUAGCGAUUGCAUCCAGAAUUGCAUCUGAAAUAAGAAAUCGUGUUCAAAAGGAAUUAAAUAUUACAUGCAGCGCUGGAAUUGCACACAAUAAACUGUUAGCGAAGCUAUCAGGAUCUCUUCAUAAGCCCAAUCAGCAAACAUUAGUAUUUCCUUGUAGUGCGUCAAAGUUAUUAUCCUCUUUAGGUUCUAUAUCUAAAAUACCUGGAGUCGGACAAAAAACUAAAGAACUUUUAAUAUCAAAAAAUAUAAAAACAGUUGAAGAUCUACGUAAAAUACCAUUGCAUGAUUUAGAAUUGAAGAUUGGUAAAGAUCUUGCGAGAAAAUUGAAAGAUAAUGCGGAAGGUAUAGAUGAAAGUGCAGUAAAACCAUCUGCAAAAAAACAAUCUAUUGGUUUACAAGAUGGAUUUAAAAGUGUUUCUUUGGUUGGUGAAGUGGAGUCACGACUCAGUGCAUUGUUAAGAAGAUUAACUGAGUUAGCUACCGAAGAUGGUAGAAUACCAAUUGCCAUGAGAAUAACAGUAAGAAAGCAUGAUUUCAAUAAACCUAAAAGAGAGACCAGACAGUGCGCCUUACCAAAACAUUUGCUCCCUUCUACUAAAUCUGGCGUUUAUGAUCAUGCUAAAAUGUUAACAUUAGCUAUGAAAUUAUUUCAUCGUGCAGUCGAUAUUUCUAAACCAUUUCACUUGACUCUUUUAGGAGUGGCUUUUACAAAGUUUGAAGAGAGAUCUUACGGCCGUAGUAGUAUUACUUCUUUCUUACGAAAACAAGUAGCCGUACAAUCUAUUUUGGAUAUAAGUUCAGAGGAAGGUAUUUGUGACAUUAGUUUGGGAUCACCUAUGAGUAUAAAUCAGGAUAGUAAUGAUAGCUCUGAACAUUCAUUGUCCGCCACAAGUUUGGCAAAUUCAUUGUCUGGCAUUAAUGGAUCUCCAAUCUCAAAAUUAACAAUUGGUAGCAACCAAUGUACAGAGGAUGAUUUAUUAAGUGAGGUAGAACCACAGUUAAAAAAAACAAAAUUAGAAGUAUGGUUAAAUGGUCGUAGAGAAACACCCAGCAAUGAAAUGGCAAGUUUAAGGCUUGGACCUUCACCAAUGCAAAUAUCUCCAAAAAUGGAUAACACAGUUCUUAAGACCUUACCUAUUGAUUUACAAAGAGAAGUCAGUCGACCUUGGCCCACAACCAGCAAACCUAAACCAAACAAUAUACUUAAAUAUUUUAUAGCUAAUAAGUGACCGAAUUAUGUGGCCUAUUAUAUAUUAAGGCCAUUUUUUACAUACUUUUUCAUGACUUCAACAUUAGAUGGCAGCAUCUUGAGACUCAUUAGAGAUGUAUUAGUCUCAUUUAAAAUAAACUUUAUUAAAUUAUAAAUUUAAAUACUCUAGAAUUGAAUGUUCUAAAUUCAUAUAUUGCAUACAAUGACACUAAUGUAAUGUGUUGCCUUAUUUGUACAAAUUAAGACUGUUGCAUACACUAUUGUAAAAAAAAAAAAAAGAAAAAAAGGAAAAAAAGCAAAUCAUAAUUCAAUCACACACUUCUAAUAUAAAAUAUGAUAAAAAUAAUUCGCGUUUAAAAUUUUGAUGAAUAUAAGCAUUUAAUAAUAUAUAAGUACAAUAAAUAAUUAUAUAUUUAAUGUUACUUUUGGAUGAAAUAUUAAUAAUGGCACAUGUAUUUCUUUCAGAGGAGUUUCAUAAGAAACAAAAUGAAGAGAAGCAUUAUGAAAUGUUAAGGUGCUGACAUUUGACUUUGUAUUUUAUAUGUAAUGGAUAAAUAAUUAUAUAUUUUAAAAUUAUAAGAAAA